AUGGAUUAUCAAGAUUUUCUUCGUUCUUUUCAAGAUUUGAACUUGGAAAAAAAAUUAACUUCUCCACACAACAAUUCAAGUUUUUCUGAGAAUUUUCCAUUGGUGGAAGAUGGUAUUAAUAUUCCAAAAGAAAGUAGCAAAAUUUGGGCAGUUUCAUCUGAUCAAGAAACUACUGAUAGUUCUUUUUCUUGGUUGAGUUCUACAAGUAAUAAUGGUUCUGUUUCUUCUCUUCAGAACAAUAAAGAAGAAUACUUUUCUAAAGAUUCAAGAAUUUCAAUGAAUCAAAAUAGUAUUCAAUCAUCAUUAGAAUGGCCAUCAACAAGUUCUGUAAAUAUUUGGGCUUAUAAAAAUUAUAAUUCCAACAAUGGAAUUUCCAGCACCAAAUCUUCACAGAAAAGCUUAUUGGAUUCUGCAGAUAUUUAUGAGAAUUAUGUGCCACAAACAAGUACCAAUUAUGAAUAUGGAUCUUCUUCAACAUAUAAUUCCAUGAAUCAAUCCAACUAUGAUCAAAUUUUGAGCAAUAACAUGUUGAAUAAUAGCUACAUUGAAGCUCAAGAAUUUGCAGAUACUAAUGAACUUCCUUUAGACUAUAAAGAUUGGAGUAGUGAGGAUUACACUAAGUGUUUAAAUGUCCUGUUGAAUCAAAGUGUUGCAGCAUUAUGUUAUGGUUGUUUGCCAAAUCUAGGAUUCGACGUUAUUAAGAUGGCUAAAAGUCCCAGAGCCUCGCGCUUAUUGCAAAAUUUUCUGCAGCUGAAUAACUAUUACUACAGGCAAAGGAUACUUAAUGAGAUUCUUGGUUCAUUUUAUGAGGUGAUGAUCGAUGAAUUUGGACACGCUUUCUUCCUAAAACUUGUUGAAUUCUGCAACGACGAACAGAUGGAAUUAAUUCUCAGAACAUUUCACAUCAAUGUAGAGUUAUUUGUACUAACAGCCGUUAAGAAAUAUGGUUCAAAGUCUAUUCAAAUGCUGAUUAAAACCCUCAAAAAGAAACCUUUGGCCAACUAUUGCUCAGAAAUUGUGUCUGUUAAGUUAGUUGAACUGAUGACUCAUCGAACAGGACGAUACGUUGUUGAACAAUGUUUCCAUGUCUUCAAUGAGAAGCAGAAUGAGGUUCUGUACCGAAGGAUUAUUAGUUGUUUCAGAGAGUUGGCUACAAAUGAAAGUGGAUGUGCAUCUUUGAAUAUUGGCAUCAAUUGUAUCACAAACCCUCUCAGAAAGGAACUACUUGAAAAAAUUGCAAACCAAUCAGGUUACCUUGCCAAUGAUCCCUGGGGGAACUAUGUUGUGCAGCAUGUUCUUGAACUAAGGGAUGAAGAGAUUUCAAGCAAGAUAUUCAGUCAACUUGAGAAGCAGUAUUUAACACUAGCCUACAAAAAGGGUGGUAGCCAUGUUGUUGAGAAAUGCAUUGAAUCAUCAAAUAUUGGAAUGAUUUCAGUGGUUGAUGUUCUUCUAGCUGAUGAAAAAUCACUAGUUCAGCUUGCCAAAGAUCCCUUUGGGAAUUAUGUAAUUCAGAAAGCAUUAAAAUCAACAAAAGAAAAUGGAGAGGAAAGGCGACAUCAAGCUCUCGUUAGAGUCCUCCUGCGACAUGCCUCGUCUCUUUUACACAGCAAACCUGGGAAACAUGUGAUCUUAAGUAUCAAAAGUCUAAAUCCAGAUUAUCAGACAGCCUUGAAUUCAUCAUUAUCAAGCCAAUGUUAA